GGUGCGCGGCCUCUGCGACCAGCCCGCCGCGCCCACCGUGCCCGCCGUGUCCGCGCUGCUGCCGCUGCACGACACGGGAGACGCCGGUGAUUGGGGAGCCCUGCGGAGAGCUCUCGCGCCCCAGCACCGCCUCGGGAGCCCAGCCCGCCUCGUCGCCCCGGUCCCCGCUGCCUGCCUGGCGCCAUGAACUGCGUCCUGAACGGCGUCGUGCCCUUGGGGCUGCUGCUGCUGCUGGUCUGCGGGGCCCAGGGCUUCUUCCUGCCCAACGUCACCCACUUGGAGGAGCUGCUCAGUAAAUACCAGCAGGACAAGCCCCACUCCCGGGUCCGGAGGGCCAUUCCCAGGUCGGACAAGGAGGAGAUCCUCAUGCUUCACAACAAGCUGCGGGGCCAGGUGCACCCCCCGGCCUCCAACAUGGAGUACAUGACCUGGGACGAGGAGUUGGAGAGGUCGGCCGCGGCGUGGGCUCACGAGUGCAUCUGGGAGCACGGGCCCACCGGUCUGCUGGUGUCCCUUGGGCAGAACCUGGCCGUCCACUGGGGCAGGUACCGUUCUCCCGGCUUCCACGUGCAGUCCUGGUACGACGAGGUGAAGCACUACACGUACCCCUACCCCCACGAGUGCGACCCCUGGUGUCCGGAGAGGUGCUCCGGGCCCAUGUGCACCCACUACACGCAGAUAGUCUGGGCCGCCACCAACAAGGUCGGCUGUGCUGUGAACACCUGCCCGAGGAUGAACGUGUGGGGAGAUGUCUGGGAGAACGCGGUCUACCUCGUGUGCAAUUACUCUCCAAAGGGGAACUGGAUUGGAGAAGCCCCCUACAAAACCGGCCGGCCCUGCUCCGAGUGCCCGCCCAGCUACGGAGGCGGCUGCAGGAACAACUUGUGUUACCGAGAAGAGACUUUCGUCCCCAAACCCGAAACGGACGAGAUGAACGAGGUGGAGGUGGCUCCCGUCCUGGAAGAGAAGCACGUCUGGGUCCAGCCGAGGGUGACCAGACCCACGAAGCCCAAGAAAGCGGCCGCGGUGAACUACAUGACCCAAGUUGUCAGCUGUGACACCAAGAUGAAGGACAAGUGCAAAGGGUCCACGUGCAACAGGUACCAGUGCCCAGCGGGCUGUCUGAGCAGCAAAGCGCAGGUGUUCGGAACUCUCUUUUACGAAAGUUCGUCCAGCAUAUGCCGGGCCGCCAUUCACUACGGGAUCCUGGACGCCAAAGGUGGCCUGGUGGACGUCACCAGGAACGGGAAGGUCCCCUUCUUCGUCAGGUCUGAGAGAAACGGCGUGGAGUCUUUGAGCAAGUACAAGCCUUCCAGCUCGUUCAUGGUGUCCAAAGUAAAAGUGCAGGACUUGGACUGUUACACCACCGUUGCUCAGCUCUGCCCGUUCGAGAAGCCGGGGACCCACUGCCCAAGAGUUCAUUGUCCGGCACACUGCAAAGACGAGCCGUCCUACUGGGCUCCGGUGUUUGGAACUAACAUCUACGCAGACACUUCAAGCAUCUGUAAGACGGCCGUGCAUGCGGGAGUCAUCGGGCAUGAGAGCGGGGGUUACGUGGAUGUGAUGCCCGUGGACAAAAAGAAGGCCUACGUGGGCUCGCUCAGGAACGGAGUGCAGUCUGAAAGCGCUCCCUCCCCUGGGCUGGCCGCCCGCACAGGGACCCGGCCACCAAGGUGACGUAAGCGGCAGAAGUUGGUGCUCCUGGAGUUCUGUCAGCUGCUUCCGGAUGACCAGUGAAAGGCACGUGUCUGAGACAGAAGGGGUGCGUGAGCCUGAGCAGAGGAGAUGGGGUUCCAUCCGAGG